AAUUUUGCAUCCUAACCAUUAGACCAAAUAUGUUGUUCAUCUUCUUGCUCAUGGUUUUCCCUCUCUUCUGCUUUCUAAUCAUCCACCAACAGAGAAAUUAUACCGGCCAAAUCAGUCUGCUUCCACCAGCUCCUCCUAGCAUUCCCUUGAUUGGAAACUUACACCAGCUUGAUAACUCAUCUCUUCCCGUUUAUCUUUGCAACUCUCUAAAACCUAUGGCUCUAUCAUGCAUGUCUCUCCGACUUGGUUUUCGGAAAACCAUAGUAAUUUCUUUAGCAAAAAUGGCAAAAGAAGUCAUGAAAACCCAAGAUCUUGACUUCUGUAACAGACCUAAUUUGCUUGGUCAGCAAAAGUUGUCCUACAACGGCUUAGAUUUGGUUUUUUCACCAUUUAAUUCUUAUUACAAGGAGAUCAGGAAAAUUUGCGUCCUCCAGCUCUUUAGCGCUAACAAGGCUGAACUCCUUCGUCCCAUUCGAGAAGAUGAAGUUUCUAAGAUGAUUGGCAAGAUAUCGAAAUCAACAGCUACUUCCAAACCCAUCAAUCUUAGCAAAGUCAUGAUGUGUCUUACAAGUUCCAUUAUCUGUAGAGUCGGCUUUGGAAAAAGAUAUGAAGGUGAAGGAAGUGAAAUUAGUAGGUUCUACGGACUACUUGGCGAAACUCAAGCCAUGUUUACAACCUUCUUUUUCUCUGACUAUUUUCCUUUAAUGAGAUGGGUGGAUAGACUCACUGGAGGGCUUUCUCGCCUUGAAAAAGUUUUCAAAGAAUUGGAUGCUUUCUAUCAACAACUCAUUGAUGAUCAUCUUGAUCCAAAGAGACAAAAACCAGAACAAGAAGACAUAAUCGAUGUUUUCCUCAAAAUUAUGAAGGAUCCCAAGUCUACUUUCAUCUCUCUUUUGAUCACAUCAAAGCCAUCCUCAUGGGGUUCUCUUUUGUAUUUUCAGAAUGUAUUUGUUGCUGGAACCGAGACGGGUGCUAACACAGUGGUUUGGGCUAUGACUUUCUUGAUGAAAUAUCCAGCCGCAAUGAAGAAAGUUCAGGAUGAAGUAAGGAAUUUAAUUGGGAAGAAAGGAUUUUUAAAUGAAGAUGAAAUUCAAGAUUUACCAUAUUUAAAAGCUGUGGUUAAAGAGACAUUCAGACUACAAAGCACAGUUCCAUUACUAGUACCACGAGAAACCAUUCAAGACUGCAACAUAGGUGGGUACAAAAUUCCAGCCAAGACCCUAGUGUACGUGAACGCAUGGGCAAUAGGAAGGGACACUGAAGCUUGGGGACAAAACUCAGAAGAUUUCUAUCCUGAGAGACUCAUUGGUAGUUCCAUUGACUAUAAAGGACAAGAAUUUGGACUGAUACGAUUUGGUUCUGGUAGGAGGAUUUGUCCAGGAAUGUAUAUGGGAGCUGCAACAGUGGAGCUUGCACUUGCAAAUCUUCUUUAUAGAUUUGAUUGGAAAAUGCCUUCUGGAAUAAAGAAGGAAGACCUGGACUUUGAUACAGCCCCUGGUAGUACAAUGCACAAAAGAAAUCCUCUUUACCUUUUGGCUGCGGAGUACAGAUCUUGAACGGUCGCAAGUCGCAGUAUUCCACUUCUUCCAUUAAGGUUAAUUGCAUUACAUGCCGAGAUAUACUAUCGAAGAUUUUAAUUAUGUAAUAUAUCUUGCUGGCAUAUUGUUUGGAUAGGACAAUGUUAUGAAAGCUUAUCUUCUCAUUUUCAUAUUGAUAAAAAAAAUAAAUUCUU